UCGAAAGCAUCACAACCACUUCCGGAGUUCCACAAGCAACAAUUUGUAGACUCUCAGCAUGUCAGCCAAGUACGCCCUAAUCUUUGCCCUCGCGGCACUCUGUUGCCUGGUGGUCACCACAGAGGCAGCGGCCCAGCGUAGCCGGGUGCUCAGCGCUCGUCGCGGCUCCGAGCUGGUCGAGAGGACCGACGACAAGGAGGAGACCGAGGUGGCAGCACAGGAGCAGAAGCAAGAGCAGGAAGAGCAGCAGCAGCCUGAGGAUGGUAACCAGCUGGAAGGCCGCAGCGAAGACGAUGUCGCCCAGGCUGAGAACAAGCUGGAAACCACCGACAAGGAAAAGGACACUAUUGUGCGCCCCAACAAGGACGACGCCCGUGCCCGGCGCAUUGUUCGUGCCGGCCGCCGUCGUGGUGGACGUCGCGGUGGUCGCCGUGGUGGUCGUCGCGGUGGACGCCGUGGUGGUCGUCGCGGUGGACGCAGGCGCGGUGGUCGUCGUGGCUCUCGUGCUGGAGGCCGCCGCCGCAAGUCCGUGAAGAGGCGUUCCGGCAAGGGCAACCGAGGAUAAGGACUUCCGUCCGAAGCCUACAAAUGCUCCGACACGAUCUGGAUUUUUCAUUAAUGACAUGCCGAUAUACCAAAGAAUAAAUAUAUAAUUUCAAAUGAA